UUUGACAGUUCAUUUGAAAAAAUCGGCAUUUCAACGAAAAGGCGCAACGAAGUUGUUUAUCUGUGUAAAGAAACUUGGAAAAUCAAUAAAAGUACAACUUUUUUCUUUCGAAUAAGUUAGAUCAAAUCGAAUGAAAUGGAGCGCAAGCCGGAGACGCAAAUACAGAACACCCCCAGUGAUAUAAUUUCAUCGGUUAACUUCUCACCCAACACCAACCAGUUCCUGCUCGUGUCCAGCUGGGAUUCCAGUGUUCGACUGUACGAUGUGGUCAACAAUACUCUGCGACAAAAAUACUACCACGACGCCCCAGUUUUGGACUGCGCGUUUCAUGAUUCCGUACGCACUGUCAGUGCUGGACUGGAUAACUUGGUUAAACUGUACGACCUAAAUACACAUGCCGAAAGUAUUCUUGGGAGCCAUGACGCUGGAAUCAAAUGUGUCGAGUAUUCCUCCAAAGUGAACGGUAUUUUGACGGGCAGUUGGGAUAAGACGGUUAAAAUGUGGGAUGUUCGGGAUAAAGACUGCGUCGGAAAGUACGAACAAAGCAAUGGUAAAGUUUACUCGAUGAGCUGCAUCGACGAGAAGUUGGUGGUGGCCACAUCGGAACGGAAGGUCCUGGUGUGGGAUCUGCGUAACAUGGGACAGUAUUUGACACGGCGUGAAUCGUCGCUGAAGUUCCAAACGCGAGCUAUUCGCUGUUUCCCCAACAAAGAAGGAUACGUGAUGAGUUCCAUAGAGGGAAGAGUGGCCGUCGAGUACUUCGACAUGGAUCCAGAGGUUCAGAAGAAGAAAUUCGCUUUCAAAUGCCACCGCUCGAAGGAGAACAAUAUCGAGUUGAUUUACCCGGUGAAUGCGAUUAGUUUCCACAAUGUGUUCAACACAUUCGCCACCGGUGGAUCGGACGGAUACGUAAACAUUUGGGACGGAUUCAAUAAGAAGCGGUUAUGUCAGUUCCAUCUGUAUGACAGCUCGAUUUCGUCGUUGGCUUUCAGCUACGAUGGCAGCACGUUGGCCAUUGCUUGCUCAUACCUGGACGAGCAUGAAAUUCCCCCGGAGCCGACUCCUGAGCCCACACUCUAUGUGAGGUAUGUGAGUGAAGCGGAAACCAAACCGAAAUAAGAUUAGGUUAGAAGUAAUGUUAUAAUUUGUAACUAUUAUGCUGCAAAUAUAUUGUAGAACUUAAGUAAAAUAAAAAAAAAAAAAAAUGAGUAAAAUUGACAUUUUUCCUCUAGAUUUCCUGUUAUGGGGUGGAAUGGCAGUUUUAAAGCCAUGGAAAAAAGUUUUUGGUUAACUAAGUAAUAAACAUCACUCGAAAAUGAUUGUCAUAUCAGUUCGUUCAGCCUCAGUUCCUGUUCCAGUCCUGUACUCGCGUGCAAAAUCAUAACUCGCAUACUCGCGCACGGUGUCAGGCCGAAAGUUGAACUU